UCAUUGGUGCUCACUACUCUUGCAAAGAAAGAAGAAAACCAUUAUAACCUAAAAACUUGAUCAUAUGACAAACGUCAAAAUUAAGGUAAAUAAUGUAGGGGUGUCAAAAAGUUAAAUAUUUUUAAUUUUGAUAUGGGAGAAAAAAUAGCACCGUCUAAAGAAAAUAGCGAUAAUCAAGGUAAAAUUAUGAACGAGAUGUUAACGGGCGCUACAGAAAAUCCAACUGGGGAGGAAAACAUGGACGCGAAUUCUGAAAGCAAUGACAAUAACACCAAUGAUGAGCCAAAUGAGGAGGAGGAUAAUUCCGGAGAUAUGUCACCAGAAGAAUUUGCUGCUUUGGACAAUCAAUUGGACGUACUAAAUUCUGCUUUGGAUGAUAUUGAACAGAAAAAUGACAAUAUUCAUGCCCAGUUGCUUCAAUUGCUGGAAGCAAAUAGAGAAGUUCGGCAGCAGUUACAGCAGGCCAAUAAUGAUAAAAACCGAUCUAACGAAAAUCAAGUUAAUGAACCAAACAAAUGAGUAUUAAAACCUUAGUGAUUUAUCAUUCCUCUAAAAUUUAAAUAAAUAUAUAUUGUAUAGUUUUUAUAGUUUAUCGAUGAAUAAAUGUAAUAUAAUAGGGUUAAGACGAUUAAUAAAUGUUUAAAGAA